CCAAAAUGCCCAAAUCUGUCCUGCGGAUAAUUUUGCAGACACGUCUGUCUUCUCGCAACCCCCUCGCCUUCACCACACUCACAUGCGGGAAAGCAUAUGAUAUGUAUAUGCACAUCUUGAAUGAAUGAAUGAAUACAACUCACUGGAUUCUUUGUUCAAUUUUGACGACAUCAUCAACUCUUGGCAUAUAUAUGUCCGUAAUAGAGAAUUGAGAGAGAUUUUGAUAUUGGACGCUCCGGCUUUCAGUUAAUUUCCUCAACAAUUCUACGGAACGAUGCGGCUUUUACUACGGAGAAGCGCGGUGAUAAUUGGAAAUGAGAACGGUGGAUUGCGGAUGAUGUUAGGGUUUAGGAGAGGCAUAGCGACGAGCUGCAGGGCGGUGCUUCUGCCGCGAUUCGGCGGGCCCGACGUGCUUCAGCUUCGUGACAAUGUCAGCGUUCCUGAUCUCAAACCCAAUCAAGUGCUCGUUCGGACUCGCGCUGUCUCUAUCAACCCCCUUGACACCAGAAUGCGACAAGGGUAUGGCCGUUCAAUAUUUGAACCACUUCUGCCAUUGAUUCUGGGGCGUGAUAUCAGUGGUGAAGUUGCAGCUGUUGGAAAUUCUGUCAGAUCUCUAGGUGUUGGGCAAGAAGUAUUCGGUGCUCUGCAUCCAACUGCUGUGAGGGGUACUUACACUGACUAUGCUAUUCUUGAUGAAGAUGAACUUGCCCCCAAGCCAGCUUCACUUUCACAUGUGGAAGCUAGUGCUAUUCCUUUUGCUGCUCUAACUGCUUGGCGUGCCCUAAAAAGUACUGCAAGGAUUAGGGAGGGGCAAAGGGUCUUGGUGGUGGGUGGAGGAGGAGCUGUGGGUUUUUCUGCAAUUCAACUUUCAGUUGCUGCAGGCUGUCAUGUUUCUACCACUUGUGGAGGUGAGAGUGUAGAUCGCAUUUUGGCUGCUGGUGCUGAGCAGGCAGUUGAUUAUACCACUGAGGAUAUGGAAGUAGCUAUAAAGGGGCACUUUGAUGCAGUUUUGGAUACAAUUGGUGCUCCAGAGACAGAAAGAGUAGGCAUUAACCUUUUGAAGAGAGGUGGACACUAUAUGACAUUGCAGGGAGAGGCUGCAUCAUUGGCUGAUAGGUAUGGGCUAGCUAUUGGCCUUCCUAUCUCAACAGCUAUCUUGCUAAAGAAACAGAUCCAAUAUCGAUACUCUCAUGGAAUAGAGUAUUGGUGGAGUUACAUGCGGGCUGAUGCCGAGGGUUUAGAUGAGAUCCGCAGGCUAUCAGAAGCUGGAAAGCUCAAACUACCAGUCGAAAAAACUUUCCCUUUUACGCAAGUGAAAGAUGCCCAUCAUGCCAAGGACAAAGGGAAAAUUCCUGGCAAAGUAGUAUUGGAACUAGACUAGAUCAACUCGAUGCGAUGAGUUAUGGAGCUUAAUCUUAUUUCCCCAGUUUGGUUUUCAAAGUGUUAAAUGCCAUGCCCCAUUUGAUCCUUGACCCAAGAAUAAUGUGAAGUUUGCAUACAAAUCUAGUGACUGUGGCUGGACUGCUGGAGGAGUCCUAUCUGUAAAAUGUAAAUUCUUGAAAUGUUUCUCAAUUUUGUAGGUUUUUCAUUUUCCGUUGUUCACAGAAAUAAAUAAAUAUAGCCAGUGGAUUUAAGUCAUUACAAAUUUCAGUGCUGUAGUUGAUGAUGAACUAAUACAAUGAACUAUGUUUGACAUG